UGCACCAUAUUUAUAGAGUAGCAUAUUUCUUCAAUCAAGAGGUUCAAUCAUUUCACAAGCAAACUCGUGAACGGAUGGAAUCAAUCGAAAAACGGAUGAAAACGAUUGAAAAACAAGAGCAAGAUGUAAAGAAGAACAUGGAAGAAAGACUGAAAUACCAGACCACAGUUCUCCAAGAUACACUGAGGAAAUACAUUUCUUCGACAGAAUUCAAAGCAAAGCUCUGCAGGUGGAACGAUUGCGUACUUCCACCGUACGAAAUAAAUUGGGAAGCAACAAAAAGCAACGUGGAAAAGGCAAUUGAUUACCGAUUUAAAGAAUUACUCAUCCAGUGGGAGAAUGACAAUCAAGUGUACUCGAAAAUUCACAGGCAGCUUUUGCACGAAUUUCGUACAAGGUUAAGUCUUUUGGAAGAGGAGCUUCAAGGCAUUGACAAAGCGAUGCAUAAUGUGGAAAGAAAAGCUGAUUAUGCAAAGAAUAGAAGUAGAUUUUCGACAAAAGCCAAAGUUCUCUUCGGAGCAACGAGCCCUCUUUGGAUUCCGUUCGGUGUGGUCGGUUUGUUGAUUGGUAUGCCCGUUUUGGGAGCAAUGGCAGUGAAACAGAAAGUUGAUCAUAACAACAGGUUGGAUAAUUACAAAGAAAAUCCGCGUGACUACCUCAAAAAACGAUCUAAAAAAUAUCUCAUGCGACUGCCAGAAGAUUUCGUGUUAGAUUAUACCCAACGCCAGAUGGAGAACACCAAAAAGGUGUUGUCAAAAUAUGGAGAUCAAAUUCCUAUCCUGAUUGAGGCCGAUCGAAAACUGAUUACGCAAUUAAGAAACGAUGAACGAAGCCAGGAUGAAGUAUUAAUAGUGUAUGGUCCGAUUCAGAAAAAAAGUGUCGAGUUGAUAGACAAUAUAAUACCCUUGGGAAUUGAGCUUUGUCCGGCAACAGUAAACGCGAGUGAUCUUGAAUGGAAAGAAUGUCUCGGCGAGGGAGAGUUCUCCACAGUGUACCGUGGGAAGCUAAAGAAUGCUCUGAAAUGUUCUGAAAUAAACGUAGCGGUGAAAGUAUUCAAGGAUUUAUUUGAUGAUCCAAAUAAAAGAUUCUUUCUGUACGAAGAAGUCCAAAUUAGGCAAGUAUAUUUUUAG